AUGGAUGUGCCAAUUAUUAUUGCUCAACUACAGAAUGAUCAUCAUUGUAGCGUCAGAACUGAGCGCAAGCGCAACCUUGUGAAACUGAUGCCCAGCGGAGACGAAAACGAAGGAAAACCUACAUCAAGGCAGUCUGUACCUGAUUGCCCUAGCCACCGCAACGCUCUGUUUCUUUACUUGUUACGUCACGACUCGGAAGCUAAAAUACUAUUUUAUAUUGACCAACGGCACCCAAAUGCCAAAGAAGGAACCAGCUGUAAUGGAUGCCAGACUUUCCUUUGCAAGGAAUGUGCUAAUAUCUCCACCACUGAAGCAGAUGCCUUAACUAUUCAAAACAGAAAUAUAAUAUUUUUUUGUGUUUCUUGUAAAUUUGGGCUUGCUGAAAAGGACUCAAUUAUAAAAGUCUUCAAAAAUUUAACUGAAAAGCAGAAACUGGAAAUAAUCAAUAGGGAUAUGAUUCACGAAAAAAAGGAUUUGGAUGAUUGUCAUAUUGAAACCUUAAAUGAAGACAUAGAACAACUUCAAUAUGACCUAAAAUUAAAAGAAAACCACAUCAAAAGAUUUGAGCGGGGCUCUCAAAUACUAACUGAUAAGGCCAAAGCAGUUGAAGAAAGCUACCAUCGAAAGACUAGUCAACUUUCUCAGACCAUGGAAGCGCUGAGGGCUAAACUUUCUAAAAUGGAUAAAGUAAAACUGGAUAUUGAGAAAAUAACUAAAACUCACAAAAAUGGACUUCAAAACAAAAUACAGCAGAUUGAUGAACUAAUUGAACAAAAUCACGCCCUAAUAGAGAGAAUUAACUCUCUAGAAAAGCAAAACAAUGAACUACACCAUUUCCACUUUUAG